GAGGAGGGUUCGGCUGCUGCUGCGCAGGGCCUGAUGGAGUUAAAAGAUUUGCGGCUGCCUGCAAACUUGCAGGAAACACCCGAGCAUCAUUUCCUACUUCUGAAAGCCCAGCUGCCCUGCAGGCUCAGGAAGGUUUUGGGGUGCUCGGAAGGAUGCUGCUUUGGGGACCCCCAGUGGGGUCAUGGUGAUGGGGACAUCCCAGGGAUGCUGGUACGGGGACGCAACAGCGAUGGUGUGACCUACAUUUGUGACAAGGAGGUCCCCAGCCUGCCGCCACUGGGCCAUGAAGCGGCACAAGUGACGGGCAUGCCGUGCCCGCGGGCCAUGGCCAGCCCAGCACCAUGGCUGCGCUUGACACAAACAGAGCUGACGCGCUGGGAGGGAGAGGAGGAGGAGGAGGAGGAGGAGGAAGACGACUUUAAAAGGCAGAUGGAUGAGGAUGGGGUCAUCGGUCUGGGGGAAGAUGCCGUGAGCCCACCAUGGGGCGAUGGCGAGGACGCGGAGGAGGGGUCUGCAGCGGACGAGGGUCGCUGGCACCUGCCGCGGGAACUGGAGGAGGAUGAUGAGGAGCGGGGCAGCUCUGGGGGGGAUGAGGGGCCCUGGGAGGCAGAGAGCGAUGGGGAGCCCUACCCUGAGCUCUCUUACGAGGGCCAGUGGGGCUCGGGCUCCAGCCCCGAGGCGUUGGGGGACAGCCAGGCUCUCUGCCAGCCCCACGGCUGCAGCACGGAUGGUGCUGACAUCUCAGGGCUGUCGGACACCAGCCCUGGCCCCACCACCCCAUCCUGCCGGCGCCGGGGCUGGAGCACAGCCAGGAACACCGGCGAGGGGCACGGGCAGGGCUGGACCGAGCCAGAGCCUCCUGCUGCCCCUCUCACUGGCGACCUCCGCGAUGCCACCAGCGUCGAGCCCAUCCCCACAGCCCAGCUGGCUGGGAUGGGGCCGCCUGAGCCUGGCACCGCUGGCCUGGCACCCACCAGGGAGCCCUGGGGUGCUGGGACCCCCCCUGCACCCCAGCUGCACAACAGGGUGCCCAAGAGAGGGGUGCCCGUGGUGCUGCCCCCCAAACGCGGCCGGCAGUCGCGGUCCCUGAGCCCCCGGCAGCGGCACAAAGGGGUCAAGGAGGUGACGGCUCCCUCGGGAACGGGCACCAGCGCGGCCGACAGCACCCAGUACGGCCGCGGGCGGCUCAACCACCCCCUGCCCGACCUCUCCAAGGUGGAGGCGCGGGUGAAGUUUGACCAGAGCUACCAGCCACCACGGAGCCGAGCCCUGCCUGCCCGCCCCAGUGCCCUGGGUGGCCCCAUCGGCUUCAAGUCCCCGGCUGAAAUCGUCCGGGAGGUGCUGCUGAGCAGCGGGGAGGGGGUCCCCCCACAGCCCCCCACCACUGCUGGGCUGCCGCAGGAGUUCAGGUCCCCCAGGCAAGCCACCCAGCUGGUGCAGCAGCUCCAGGAUGACUACCACAAGCUGCUGACAAAGUACGCUGAGGCGGAAAACACCAUCGACCAGCUACGCCUGGGCGCCAGGGAGCUGCGCGCCGUGGAAGGGGAGAUUUUCCACUUGGGGCUGCGCCUGGAGGAGCUGAAGGAGCGGCUGGAGCCGGGGGCCCGGCGGCAGCUCCCCUCACAGCGCCUGGCGCAGCCUCACACCCCUCCAGCCCCUUCCUCACCCCCAGACACCCAUUCCCCGCACCCCGAGAUCCCUGUGCUGGUGGAGGGUCCCCAGGAGACAGCGGAGGAUGGCAAGGCAGUGAUGGGGGGGUUGCCCCGGCCCCUCUGGCACAAGCAGCUCCAAGUGGAGGAAGAUUUCGGUGAUCUGCUGGAGCAGUACAAGCACUUCAAGUCCUUGCCGGAGUCGCUGAGCCUGGAGCAGCUGAGCCUGGCAGAGAGCGAGACCCAGGAGGAGGCGGAUGGACCUGCAGCAGGGUUCGGUGGCCCCAGCAAGGUCUCCUGCAGGACACGGUCACUGGAGGAGGGGACAGACCCCGAGACCUCCCCCUUGCACCCCCCGCAGUGGACAGCCACACCACUGCCCCCCAGGGAGCCCCCGUGGCCAGAGGGGACACAGGUCCACCCGUCCCCUGCCACUGCUGAGGAGCCACCGGCCACAGCCAAGCCCCCCCCAGGGCUCCACGAGCCACCGCGGGGGCCCCAGUCCUGCUGCAGCAGCGGGAGAGGCAGUGCUGCUGCCCAGCCCCAGCCCUGCAAGGAGCAGCGCAUUGUGUCACCAGAGACGGACAGCGGCUUCGUGGGCUCAGAGGCCAGCAGGGUGUCACCCCCUGUGCACACCCCCGAGCACCGGCCGCCCGGCACUGGGACCCCUCGCUCACUGGGACUCUCCAUCCCCGUCCCCACUACCCUCCGUCCUCUGCGGAAAAGAGAGGCAACCACACUGCCCUCUGAGACAGCGCUGAUGGGCAUCUACCCUGCGGGCAGGCAGGGUGGCGCAGGGGGACCCUGCCUGCCCCCCAGCACCCCCUUGCAGAGCAGCUCCCCCCACCGAUGGGCUGAGAGUGCAGGCAGCGAGGCGGGACCCGACGGUGAUGGCACUCACACGGACUCAGAGGUGGAAGGCAGGAGUUGUGCCAGCACCGGCGGUCACCUCCCCGCCAUGGCCAGGGGCCCAGCCAGCCCCCCACCGUCUCCUGAAACACUGUCCCCCACCCCGCUGUCCCCCAACCCAUCAUCUCUCCAGCCGGCUCACUGCGACCUGCUGGGCUCCCGUCUGGAGCGUGACCAGGCCAUCCGGGCGCUGCGGGACGAGGUGUGGCGGCUGCGGCGGAGGCUGGAGGAGAGCCUGCGCCACUUGAUCUGA